UAAACAAUGAUGCUUUUAUUAUUGAUAGUCUGUUUGUACCUUAUGUCCACUGUCCACUCUUGACUCUACAUUAUCGCGCGCAUUUACUGCUGUCAAAUUUGUUUACGGCCAAGCCUAGGUUAUUUUAAUAUUUUUCACUAUUUUUCAUAUUAAUUGUGCAACAAAUAUAAGCAAUCAUACAAUAAUGUACUGUAAGAGUUCUCCAAUGUAGACUACAAAAUACGUGACCAACUUGUUCGAUCGCGGAUGUGUCAAAUUAUACGCGAAUUUUUUAUGCAUGUGAUGAUAAUGUUCUCGCACAAUGUUUGAAGAUGAUAGCAUAGUUUCAACUCCGAAACGUUAUGUGCUGACUGAAGUCACCAAUUCAUCGAGUUAUGUUUCUCCUACAGCAAACUUGAAACUAUUAACCAAUGUUGCCUUACAUUAUCCCACACCGCCGCCUAGCACAGCUCACCGUAAGGAGAAGUCACUCCAAAUUUUAUGUGACAAAUUCCUUGACCUGUAUCCAUUGCUUGGCAAUGGUACUAUGGAAUUGCAAUUAGAUUGUACUGCAGCACGCCUUGGUGUGGAGAAGCGACGAAUGUACGACAUAAUAAAUAUACUGGAAGCUAUGCAAUGUGCUGUUCACAAGAAGAAAAAUACAUAUCUAUGGCAUGGAGCUUCAAGAUUAAAUUCAUUUUUGAAAAUGUUAAAAAAGCAAGGAGAAAACUUAAGACUGUCAGAAGUGCUUCGUGGUAGAGCUCCUAAGCCCCCUGCUCCUAAGCAUAAAACACUCGGAGUACUAGCUCAAAGAUUCCUUAUGCUAUUUUUAGUUGAACCACCUAACAGACUGAUUAAUUUAGAAAUGGCUGUGAGUGUACUUAUAGACACAAACUCUAAGAGUAAAUCUACUUUAUCACCAGAGCAGUUGGAUCGCCAACACAAAUCCAAAGUGAGGAGACUGUAUGAUAUUGCCAAUGUAUUAAUUUCAAUUGGUCUCAUCGAAAAAGUUUACGGUAAUUCAAUAUUGAAGAAACCAGUGUUUAGAUAUAUUGGUAAGAUGAAGAAAACAGAGAAAGCUGACAUGAUGACACCAUCACCAAAUACACCAGUUUCCGUUUAUCAGGGUCCUCAACAAAUUACUCCAUGCCAUGUAUUCGCUGGACGAUCGAAAAGAAAGCUGGAGUUCACAUCUGUGGCCAACUCGGAGAAACUUGGUGUGACCACUCCUCCACACACACCGUCCCACAAAUGGGAUGAAAUACUAUUAGUUGCUGAUAUGGAGCUUACUAGAAUUAAUAAUGGUGUCACGGUGUAACUAUCAUAAUAUUAUGUUUAUAUUAACUAUUUAUAUAACAGAAAAUGUUUUUAACAUAUUAUUUUAGGUUUUAUAUGAAUUUAGUUUAUUAUUCUUGCCAAAUCCUACACGGACUGGUACUGAUGACUUGUUUAUUUUGUUUUUUUUUUUUUUAUUUCAAAUUACUGCAUUAGGCAACUAGUAAAAUAUUUUAGUUUCUAUAGUAAAUAUAUAGGUUGACAAAUUAUCUGGUUCACAACUUAUUUAAAAUGUCAAGUAUAACGCCUUGAAUACUUGAUGUGGUGGAACAGAACCAGUCUUCCAUUUAAAUAAAUUAUUUAAAACAUAUUGUUCAAAAAAUUUUGAAUAUUUUAUUAAUCGUUACUUACAGAAACUUCUGUCACAGACAGUAAUAUCUAGUGCAAUUGACAUUAUUUUUUAUAAAUGAUAUAAAAUAAAUGAAUUUUACAGAUAGUUAACAGUUGAGACAAACUUAUUAUAUAAAGAUAUAUGUUAUAAUAUCAAUUAAAUGAAUUUGAUAUAAUAUAUGAUGUUAUAUUAAGAUAUAUUUUCUAUUAACAGGCAUUAGCAAAAAGUUGGUGCUUAGAUGACUAUGUUAAUAAGAGUGUAACAGUAAUAUACAAAUUACGUUUUAGUAUUUUUGCUAUAAUACAAAAACUAUCAAUUCGAGAACUGCUUUAAAAGUAGAUAGAUUUAUUGUCUAUAUUAUAAUAACUACGGCAUAAAUAGUAAAACAGAAACAAUACUCGUGAAGAUUUGGCGAUCAUAUAUGAAAUAUUAACUGAGAAGUAAAUUUAACCAACAGUUAAGUUAUGAGUCAAACGGAAAUUGUUAGUUUGUGAUCUUCUAGCAAAAUAGCUCCACACUCAGUGCAUUUAUUUUUAUGGAAGUUUGUUCAAAAAUGACUUAAAAUAAAUAGUUAUUUACUCACUAGUGAUGUACUGUGUUUAUAUAAUAUAUAACUUAGUUAACUUGUUCACCGCCUUGGGUUCAAGUCCUUUUUGACUCAUGCAAAAUUUUAUAUUUGUGUUCUCAAACUAUUAUAUAUUAUAUCUGUAAUGCGGCUACAAUAUACUUUUAUUUAAUCCGUUAAAUUUAUUCCAAACAGUACCCUAGGGGGCGCUAUAUAGUUUUCAUUCAUAUUUCAUAGUAUAUUUGGUAGUUUCUGGUAUUAUAUUUAGUUUUAUUAUAAACUUGAAAGUUAAAUACAUUAACUAUGAUUGUGGCCAUAGGUUGAACAAAUAAAUACAUAAUAAACUCAUUGACCUAGUUCUACAUAAUAUUAUGUUAUUGUUAAAUUAUUUAUAGUUUACUAGACUCCAUGCAUUUUGACUGAAUAAUUAUCAUUAAAAACAUUAUUUUGCAAUGUUUAGUAAAAUCUUAUGAAAUACACGUUUUUUGAGUGUUUAUUGUGUGUGCAUGGCAAAACGUUGUUAUUUAACUGACUGUAUGUAGUAUAUGAAGUAAAUAUGAUCAAUUACAUAAUGGCAA